CAUACUUCGUUAGGAAACAUAUUUGCAGAACAUAUUUUAAUUUGACUAAGCUUAAUGAUAAAACAUUAAUGAGUUUUUAUCAAUUAGUGACUUUACGAUCAGAGUUUAAUUAACUCUCCUCAAAACUGAACCUGUCGAAUAAUUUAAAAACGAUGGAUAAUUCAGGAUAUCAAAGUGACACUUUAAACACAGUAAAUGGAGCUGAACAAUUUAUAAAUGAUACUUCAAACACACCAACCGGCAACUCGUCUAAAUGGAAGAGCAAGUUUGUGAAAGAAGAUCACAUAGUUGGUCCUGUAGAGGCUGUUAAAAAUACAGGAAACUCAGAUAUUCAACGACCACAAAUUGACAAUGACGCUAUCGUCACACAGGCAGAUUUUGAAGAAAAGUUUCCUGCAAAUGCCAGAAAUUCGUCAACUUUAAAAGAAGCGAUUAACAGAAAACUCACAAAAUGUAAAUGUUCCACAUUGUGCAUUAAGCAUUUUGUGUUCUCUGUACUGCCGUGUAUUAACAUAAUCAGACACUAUAACUUGAGGAGGGAUUUAACAGGGGACAUUGUUGGAGGCCUUACAGUUGGAAUAAUGCAUAUACCUCAAGGUAUGGCUUACGCCAUGUUGGCUACAUUACCACCAGUGUAUGGUCUUUAUACAUCAUUCUUUCCUGUGAUUGUAUAUUUCUUAUUUGGUUCUAGUAAACAUAUUUCUUUAGGUACUGCUUCUGUACCAUGUUUGAUGAUAGGUACAGCUAUUUCAAAAGGAUUAGAUGGGCUGUCUAAAUCAGAAGUGAUUCCUUCAUUAUCCAAUGCUACAUGGAACGCCAUCAAGAUUAAUACAGACAACCUGUCUGAAACAACAACAACAACAACAAAGUCAAUAUCGACAGCAGACGACACAUCAGAGAUGUCACCAGAGGAGCUUGAUCUCCGGCUUCAGUUUGCCAUGUCUGUUACAUUCAUGGUUGGAGUCAUUCAGUUGCUGAUGUCAGUAUUUCGUCUUGGAUUUAUCACAGUGUACAUGUCGGAUGCUUUGAUAGGCGGUUUCACCACUGGUGUUACCUGCCAUGUCUUCACUAGUCAAGUUAAACACAUUUUUAAUGUUAAACUCAAGAGUUACAGUGGUAUAUUUAAACUAAUUUAUACAUAUCGAGACUUCUUCACUAAUAUCUCAACAACAAAUUAUGUGACAGUGUUGUUAUCAGUUUCCUCCAUUACUGUGUUGUAUUGUGUAUCAAAGUUCAUCAACCGAAACCCUAAACUUCAACCUAAAAUGUUCAUGCCUGUCCCGGUUGAACUAAUCGUGGUUAUCAUAGGAACAGUUGUCUCUUAUUUUCUGAACUUAUCGGACUCUUAUAACGUGGCUGUUGUCUCGGAUAUACCUACCGGGCUACCUAUGGCAAACACCAAUGGGUUAAAGCGUUUAUCAUGGACCUUACUAACGGAUGCUUUCCCUAUUGUUAUUGUCAUCUUUUCAAUUUCAAUCUCCAUCGCAAAAUCUCUUGCAAAGAAGCACAAUUAUGAAGUGAAUGCAAAUCAGGAAUUGCUUGCAUUUGGAAUGGCAUCGAUUGCAUCCUCGUUCAUGUCAUCUGUAGCGCCUAUGGCAGCAUUGUCCCGUGCGGUAGUCGGAGAUAAAGUCGGUGUUAAGUCACAGGUGGCGGGUCUAGUCUCGUGCUCACUACUUCUAGUUGUUUUAUAUGUAAUUGGGCCUUACUUCAAGACAACACCUAAAUGUGUUCUAGCAUCAGUAAUAGUGGUAUCUUUACAAGCUAUGUUUCUACAAAUUCUAGACCUGAAGAAAAUUUACCGUCUAUCAAAAAUAGAUUUUAUUGUGUGGAUUGUAACAUUUGUAUGUACAAUAUUACUGGAUGUAGAUCUUGGUCUUCUUGUUGCUAUAGGAGUCAAUCUGGCGACCGUUAUUUAUAGAAUACAGAGACCAACAUUUACAGUGCUAGGACAAUUGCCUGGUACACAUGUAUUAAGAGACGCCAGUGUGUAUAGAGAGGCUAUGGAAAUACAAGGUAUCAAGGUAUUAAGAUAUGAACACUCUUUGUUCUUCUUAAACAAGGAACACUUCCGUGCAUAUCUGUACAAAUGUGUAGGGAAACCAUCAAAAAUCGCUUACAAUCGUAUGAUAAGAGACAAGAUUCUACAGAAUAAUAUGGCGGUUUUACCAAAUACACAAAUAGAUACAAUUAUAGAGACCCAAUACAAUACAGGUGUCAAAAAUAAAUGUCAGCACGAUCUUGGCUUGCAUACAGUUAUUCUAGACUUUUCAUGUGUGAACUUUAUCGAUUCUUCUGGUGUAAAUGUCCUUGGCGAUAUUAUAUCUGAAUACAGACUGGCGAAUAUCGUUAUCCUGCUUGCUAAUUGUAAAGAGCUAGUGCUUACAACAUUUAACAAGACGAAGUUCUAUACCACAUUGGAUAGGUCAAAUAUAUUUCUGACACUCGACGAUGCUGUGAAAGAAAUACUAACUAACAAAACACAAAGUGUUCGGUUCUAGGUUUGUUAAGAUUUGCAUAUUUCAACAUUGAUAAUCAACUCAGAGCCUAGUAUAUAUAAACCCGCCUCUGUGUACUGAUAAGCCCUCCUCUGGCUAGCCUCUGCAUGUAUGUUUAUAUUUCAGAUAUUGUUGAGUUUGUGAUUGUGAACGUAUCUGUAUGAAUGCAAUAAAGUUAUGUCAAACCAUCCCGUUUUGGGUCUGUAUAUGUACAACACGGACAGCAUUACAUACUCGUUUUCUAUUUUCAAAGAUAAAAUCAACAAUAAAAAAUAUGUAUUGUUUUUAUGAAACUUUAAAUUCAGAAACAUGUGUGAUUUUCAUUUAUAUUCGUGAUUUUCCUAUCUCCCUUUUAGUCAUAUCAGAUAAACAUUUUGUUAAUGAAAAAUCAAGAAUAUAAAUGACAAUCAUACAUAUUUCUGAAUUUAAAAAAUCAUCAGAACAAUAAUAUUUUGUUUUAUUUUAUCUUUAAAUAUAGAAAACGUGUUUCAGAUUAUUUAUCGA